AUGAACAAAGAUGGUACUCUACUUAUAUCAGUAAAAAAUGUUCGAGGAAUAGAAAAUUUAAAGCCUGGUCAAUAUGUUGUUUUGAAAAUUGGUGAUGAGGUUUGUUUAAGAUUUACUGGGGUUUCAGCCGGUGAUGAAUUUAGCGUAGCCAUUGACUUCAACUACCAUGGGACUAUGAACCUGGAUGGUACAAUAUUGGAAUUGUUUUUGUUUGAAAGAAGUAAGUUUCUUCAAAGUGGGAGAAGAAGCCGUCAUUUGUUGGAAUCAUGUUGCUAUAAUUUAGACGAGAAUCUCAUUGAUGCAUCUGAUGACUACAGCGAAACUUGGAAAGACGUUAUUUUGGAAUUUAAUAGUCAAAUUCAUUUGAAAUACCAAGUAGAUUUGAAGUUUUCUUCCAUUACACCUUUUUUACCUUUAAAACCAAAGAACAAGCGGAUUCUUAAAUAUAAAACGCAGCAAUUAAAUGGCGGUAGAAAUUCUGACGUAUUUGUUGAGAAUAUCUCAACUAAGAAACAUUUCAAAUUUCAUUCUAUUCGGGAGAGAUUGUUCCAUAGAGGAGCGCAAGAUGUUCACGAGGAUCCCAGUGACGAUGCUAUCAUUUACGAUCUCGACGAAAUGCCAAAUGUUACUUGUGAUCCUGACUAUUAUGUCGAGGAGUAUAAGCAUGGAAUCACAGAUAUAGGCGAACAGCAACCCACGGUAGUAAUUAAGGAAGAAGACACGAGACUGCUGAGAGAGCAACGCUAUUUUCCUACUAACAAUAUUAAUAUGACAGGUUAUAUUGGUAAAGGUAAAUGGCUUAAGGAUUCAAAGACUUUAUCCGAGUCUAUGGAAAAUUGGUACCUACAACCGCAUAUAAUGUCAGUACUUGGUCCAAAGCUACCGCCCAAGAGAUGUCCCAGAGAUAUGUUAUGGGAGGAAUACUAUUUAAUUUCGAAAUACGAAUCUUGA